AUGACGCGUAAUGAACACUUCCGGUAUCAGACUCUCACGAGAAGUGCGGCGGCGACACGGACGCGCGUGACAGCAGACGGUGAAAUAGCGCGCAGCUUUUGUCGAGCGCUCGAGGCGUCCCGUCGCUGCUGCGCUAACGUGGGACCCUGUCGGCCGCGUGGUCAGUGUUGCGAGCCGACCGAGGGGGCGCGUACGCCGCGUCCUCCACAGCGGGGUCUCGCCAUGUGGAGGCACCCGGCGAGGUCGGUGUUACGGAAGGCGAAGGGCCACCGCGGGGCGCUCGACGCGGCCCGGCUGGUCGUCAAGGCCGGAUCGUGUUGCGGGGUUCCGGGGAGGAGCUGGACGAGACCCAGCGGGGUCGACACGGGCGUGAAGACUUUCAACAGCCUGACCAAACAGAAGGAGCCUCUCAUUCUAGCAAGGGAGGGGGUCGCUACCUGGUACAGCUGUGGACCCACCGUGUACGACCAUGCCCACCUGGGUCAUGCUUGCUCCUAUGUCAGGUUCGACAUCCUGCAGAGGAUCUUGUCCAGGUUGUUCGGGAUCACCGUCGUCCACGCGAUGGUGAUCACUGACAUUGACGACAAAAUAAUCAAAAGAAGCCGGGAGGAAAAUGUGUCUCCGGCCAUCAUAUCCAGAAAGUAUGAGGAUGAAUUCAAGAGGGAUAUGCUGUCCUUAAAGGUGAUUCCCCCUGCAGCGUACUUAAGAGUCACAGAGAAUGUGCAUCACAUUGUCGCCUUCAUUAAGGGGAUCCUCAAAAAUGGACACGCCUAUGCCACGAAAGAAGGCGACGUGUAUUUUGAUAUUCAGUCCAUUGGUGAUCGUUAUGGCAAGUUUGUGGGAGCUGUGGCUUCUCAGGGAGAACCCGGCGGCACGAGUAAACGAGACCCGAGGGAUUUUGCUCUGUGGAAGCGGUCCAAACCUCAGGAACCGUACUGGGAAUCUCCAUGGGGCAGAGGGAGACCUGGCUGGCAUAUCGAAUGCUCUACCAUCGCUAGCUGUGUGUUUGGGAGUCAGCUGGAUAUCCACUCCGGAGGUAUUGACCUGGCCUUUCCCCACCACGAGAAUGAGGUGGCUCAGAGUGAGGCCUAUCACCAGUGUGGACAGUGGGGACACUACUUCCUCCACUCAGGACACUUACACCUAAAAGGCAGCGCAGAGAAAAUGUCUAAAUCUUUAAAGAACUAUAUCACCAUCAAGGAUUUCCUGCAGUCUUACUCUGCCAAUGAAUUCCGGAUGUUUUGUCUUUUGACAAAAUACAGAUCAGCUAUAGACUACAGUGACCGCAGCAUGUCGGAGGCUCGGACCUCUCUGGGAACCAUCUCCACCUUCGUCCGUGACACUCAGGCCUACAUGAAGGGUCAGCUGCAGUGUUCACCUGUGCAGGAAGCUUUUCUCUGGGAGAGGUUGGCUGAGACUAAAUCCAGUGUGGUGAAAGCUCUGGCAGAUGACUUUGAUACCCCGAGAGCCAUGGGAGCUGUGAUGAAUCUGGUCUAUCAUGGAAACUGCCAACUCCAGCCCGUUUCUACGUCUGAAGGAGUGGCCCGGAGCCCUGCAGUGUUCGGAGCGAUGGUCAGCUACGUGAGAGACAUCUUGGAUGUGUUUGGGAUCGAUCUGCUGCACAAUAAGCAGGCUGACGAGGUGAGUGGUUGUGGAAGACUACAGGGUGUCAUUGAGCAGCUGACUCAUUUCCGAAGUGAAGUCCGAUCGUUCGCACUCGCCCAUCUGAAAGGUCCGACCGCUGGAUCCCCCGAAAACCAAGGACUCCUCGCAGAAAGAAACCGUCUCCUCAAAGCCUGCGACACCCUCAGAAACGACCUGGCAUCGUUGGGGGUUUUGAUAAAGGAUAGAGGAGCCGCCUCUACAUGGGAGAUAACUGAAGGAAAACAGAGUCCGAGAGGACAGAGUCUCCCUGAUAAAGGCCAGGAGCCAUCCAGCUGAAAUCAGUCUCUACCUCUGAGACUGACUUUAUUUUAAGCUUGUGGACUCAAAGUUCAUCAGCUGAAAGACUUUUAUGAAAACAAGACACCAAACCAUCCUGAUACAUUACAGAUACUAAGUUUAAUUUAAAUGUCUGAUGUGCCUGUCAGUCUACAGACUCUAAUAUUCCGUGUUAAAUAAGUCACAAGGUGUAAUAAAUGUUAUGUUAAUUGUAUGUCCUUAUGUUA